UAAAUAUAUUUACAUUGCAAUCUGGCAACAUUGAUGUUUAAUUUGGCUAACUGUCAUCUGUCUCAUUUUAGUUAUCUUGUUGUUACGGCGCGUAUUGUUCGAAGCUUAACAGGUGCAUCCAGUUUUAAGAGUUUUACAAAGAAUUUGUUAAGGAAGUCUAUCAAACAGAUUAAAAAAUGCCAAAUGUUCAGAAAGAUAAAACGUAUCACAAAAAAUAUACAGAACAAGACCUUCGGUCUGCUUUUGAGGCCAUAGAAAACGGCAUGAGCCAACGAAAAGCCGCUGAACAAUUUAAUGUGCCAAGAGCAACACUGCAGUUUAGAGCAAGCGAAAAGUUUAAUGAAAAAACUACCCUUGGCCCCAAUCCUAUUCUUUCUUUGGAGGAAGAGAAUCGUUUAAAGAAUUGGAUCAUAACAUGCCAAGACAAAGGUUUUCCAGUGAGAGUGGAAGAUAUACAAGACUCGGUUAAAGGUUUUCUGGACGCAAAUCCGCGUGCCAAUCCUUUUACCGACAAUCGCCCCGGAAGAGAAGCGGUGACAGCAGCAAGUUCAGUUGUGUCUGAAAAAGAUAUAAAAAAAUGGUUCACCAGUGUUCAAGAAUACUUGCAUCGUAAAGGUUACUUUGAUGUUCUUCAAGAUCCUUCACGUGUUUUAAAUGGGGAUGAAACCUGCUUUCUCUUGUGUCCCAAGAAUAAACGAGUAUUAGCUGUAAAGGGAAGCAGAAAUGUAUAUCAAAUAGAGCAUCACUCAAAAGUAAAUUUAACAGUUAUGUUUACCUUCGCAGCAUCCGGGGAAGUAACGGCACCAAUGGUUAUUUACCCUUAUAAACGGAUUCCUAGCAAUGUUGUAAAUUCAGUUCCACGAGAAUGGGGCGUAGGAUGUAGCGAUACGGGGUGGAUGAAGAAUGAAAACUUCUAUGAAUACGUAGGAAACGUCUUAUAUAAAUACCUAGUUGAUAAAAACACAAAAUUUCCAGUUAUUUUGUUCGUCGAUGGACAUAAAACUCACUUAACCAUUCAAACCAGUGAAUUAUGUUCCAAAUUACAAAUCAUUUUAGUGGCAUUGUAUCCCAACGCGACUAGAAUUAUGCAGCCUGCAGAUGUUGCUGCAUUUAAACCAUUAAAGGUAAAUUGGAACAGGGCAGUAUCAAAAUUUAGACGAGAAAAUCCAAACUCAGUAGUUACCAAAGAGAAUUUUGCAUUGGUACUAAAUACAGCCAUUUGUGAAUUAAAACCAGAUUCCAUCAUUAAUGGCUUUAAAGCAACUGGAUUGUAUCCAUGGAACCCUGAAGCAAUAGACUAUUCCAAAUGUUUAGGGAAGAUCAACGACCCGAAUAAAGAUAUUAAUCACAAUAUUUCUGAGACAAAAUCAAUAACAUAUGAAGAGUUUGUACACACAGUUGGAGCCGCAAAAAUAUUAGAAUUUGAAAAUUUGGAAACUCCCGAAGAACUAAAUGGAGAUUCAAAAUUGCUCUUUAGUAUAUUUAAGAAAUUUCAAAAUACCACGGAUCUACCCACGAUUCAACCUACAGAGACCGAUGGAAUUACAAAUGAUAUACAACAUAUCUCUAUCAUCACAGACAACCAUAUACCUUCAGAUAAUCCACUUGAGCCGGCAGAGAGCAAUGAAAUCAUAUGCAACAUAGAAGAUAUUCCUAUUAUCACAGAAGACGACCUACUUUUGGAUUUUCGAGUUCAACUUCCAGAAAGCGGUGAUAUCACAUAUAACAUGAAAGAUACUACUACAGUCACAAAAGAUAUAAUGGCCUUAGAUAUUCCAUCGACAUCCAAUAAUAUCCCUUUACUUAAUCAAGAUAUCUUUGGAGAGGCUUCAGAACAACAAUUAACAGAAGAAAAUUCACUGUCGAAAAAUACUGGCACCUCAAUUGACAAAUUCUUUUUCUGGCCAAAAACCCCAGAAAGAAAGGGUAAAAAACAAACAGAAAGGUUGCCUUUCGUGCUUACUUCUUCGGAUCGUCAAAAUGCAGAGAGGCGUAAAAUUGAAGAAAAAGCAGAGCAAGAAAGAAUAAAAUUAGAACGGAAACAAAAGCGAAUUGACGCAAAAGCAAACCAUAAGGGCCAAAAAAAUAAGGAAACCAAGAUCAAAGUAAUAAAAAAAAUUGCCACAAGAGAUAAUGCUGAGAGCAGAAAAAGUCAAACUGUUGUGAAAAAGAAAGAAAAUUCUUCUUUAUCUACUGACAAACGAGUAGACCAUAUUGGUGGCAGCAGCAAAGAAAGAUUUUAUUAUGACCUAAAUAAUGCUUCCCGAGAUCCGAAAGUUAAUACACAUGAUAGUGUAGGUGCAGAUAUUUUUAAAGCAGACACACUUUUAAAUCAUACAAUUAAAAGCACUACUUUGAAAUGUGGAGUUAGAGUACACAUACCAGAAGUAAUUAACCCGAAAAAUGAAAACCAAGAAAUAUAA